CAAGGCUCGCAAAGAUGCUCAAGAUCGCAUCGUCCUCCAAGACCUUCCUGAAUCUGUCGAGUCUCGAGCUCUUCUCCAUCACCAGCACCUGUGACCCGUCGCACAUUACUCUCCUCUCUGGCACCGAUGCCUGCACUGAGGACGACUUAGUGUUGCAAACCUUUGUGCCCAACGUGUCGCUGGACUCGGGCAUCCAUCUGCAUGUUUUCCAGUACUUUGAUCCGCGCGAACUUAUCCGGCUCUCGCUAGUGUCCAGAUGCUGGUAUCGGGCAGCACUCGAUCCCAUCAUCUGGCAGAGCUUUUGUCUCCGCGACGGAAUCGACAUUGGUCCCGAAAACACACAGAUCCUCGAGACUUGCCAGGACAGGGAGAGCUGGUGGAAGGAGAUCUACAAGGACGGAUAUCGCCUCAAGCACAACUGGCGAGAAGGUCACUGGCGGAUGCACAUCCUUCCGGUGGUGAACGUGCGCGACUCUAUCACCUGCUUCAAGUUCGACCAGGACAAGCUGAUCGUGGGAACGAGACGACACGAUCUGCUGCUCUUCCGGCUCGGCUCCCAAAGCGGCCCGCUGGCUUCAGCGCUUUCAUGCGUUCGCAGCGACGGCCAAGAAACCCUCGCGCCCGACAUUACCUUUUCACCACAAACACACUCGUCGCGGAUCGUUGCCCUCGAUUUUGAUCCGCUCGCGGGGAGCCUGCUGGCCACGGGCGACCUGAAUGGCGAUCUGACACUCUGGAACACGUUUACGGGCAAGAACCUCGGCGUCUUUGAGCAAGUCCAUCCCGGUGGCAUCAGCUGCAUUGCCGUUGUCGGCGGCGGUUCCAAGCUGAUUACCUGCGGGGUUGAUGGGGUCCUCAAGAGCUUUGACGUCCUUGCCAACACCCACGAGCCGGCAUCCCAGUUGCCCACCAAGCGCAAUCCCUUUCGGAGGCCCAAGCCUUCAGAGGAUGACCAUGACGGUUCAAGUGCCGCAACAAAGCAGCUUGUGGGCUCACCGUUGCUCCAGUCCCAGCCAGUGCCCGAGCUCAAGUCAUCGCCCGCAUCGCCCCUGCGGGAUGUGGAGAUCUGUUCGGAGCACUGCGAUACCAUUUUGCCCCAUCCAAACCCGCGCGAUGCCCACCCUGGCCCCAAGCCCGGCAUUCUGAGACACAGCACGCAGGAGAGGCCGGGCACCAAACGCACCUACCGAUCCAAGAUUAUGCUCUCCAACAUGAUCAACAAAAUCAAGAACCCGUCGCGGCUGGCGACGCCAAAGCUCUCAGGCCCGCUCCUGUCAGUAGUGUUCGAGGGAAAGCGGUUCAGAUUCGGAAAAGCCCAGGCCGGCAUCUCGAGCCCCGAGCUGGUCUCCAUCCACAACACUCUGUCCGUCGGUGCCCACUCGAAAGACAUUUUUUGCGUGCAGGCCCUCGGAACUCAUUGUGUCAUCACGGGCUCUCUUGAUCGCUCGAUCAAGAUAUGGAACAUGCGCACGGGGACAUGCGAACGGACUCUGUACGGCCAUACAGAAGGGGUAUCCUGCCUGAGUGUCGUCGACAGCCGUCUAUACAGCGGCUCCCUCGACAAGACCAUCCGACAGUGGGAUUUGGUCUCGGGGCGUUGCCUCUUGGUGCAAAAAGCUCACUCGGAAUGGGUCAAGGUCGUGUGCGCCUCAAGCACCAGAGUCGCUAGCGGCGGUUGGGAUGGUGCCGUCAAAGUGUGGACGGCCAAGACCUUGCAGCCACUCUUCUCGAUUGAUCUUCGGCUGGGAUGCAUCUCGGCCCUGCAAAUGGACUCUCGAAAAAUCGUGGCUGUUUGCCGUGAAGAAGGGCAGCAAAACUGCGUCGUCUGGCUCGACUUUGGUUCCGCUCUCCAGAGCACCCACCAAGAAAGCUCGACUCUGAAAGCCCCAGGCUCAGUCUCGGGCUCCGGCACUGCCCCUGUUGAGGAAACCCCCCUGAUUUCUGGUCAAGAAUAGAGCGUGCUCAAAAGACAGUGAGA